AACUGAGAAUCAAGAAAUCACUUCCCAUAGCCUAAUACUUCACGAAAUAGUCAAUCUGUUAGUACACUUGUUUCAACAUUUCCAAAGGAAUACUUUUUACGUGCUAAAUUUACUGUUCGAAAUCGGAGAAGAUAGCUGGAUCGGUUGGUUAAGAUGAGUAUCUGGUCUGUUCGAACCUUCCCAAAUACCAGGCUGCGCGGAUCCCUCAUAGAUCUCGGUCGCACCAACCGCCACACGGACUGCAGCUUCAUCAUCGAACAAGAGAAUGGAACUACCAAGUCCUUUCCCUGCCACAGACUGAUCCUUAGCUGCGCCUCUGACGUCUUCGACCGAAUGCUUUAUGGGGCUUAUAAUGAGUCCGCCACUGGAGAGGUGCGACUGAACGAUGUGAGUCCGGAUGUUUUCGAGAAGUUCCGGGACUACGUCUACGGCUAUGAGUACGACAAGCUGCAGAAGUACGACUUUGACUCUCUAAUCCGCCUCUGCGAGUUCGGCCACAAGUACCUGGUGCAAUCCCUCGAGGAGGACUGCGUGAGGGAGUUGCUGGUGCGUAAGGAUAGCUUCGACAUGGGGGAGUUACUGCGGGUGUUCGCUUGUGCCCAUCGCAUGGACAAGAAAUCACUCAUAGAGCAGAUGUCCUGGGAGCUGAAGUCCACCUUCAGGAGCACCCUAGACCACUCGGUCGUCUACGAGUACGACUGCGAUGUCUUUAAGCACUACAUCGAAGUGAUUGCUGGAAAACUUUCCGAGGCUGACCGUUUUCGGCUGCUGGAAAUGUAUCUGAAGUACAAUGGUUUCGAAGCAGCUGAGAACGUAAACCAGGUGCAAACCCUAGAGGAAACUGGAACUACUAUUUGCAUAGAGAACCCUGGAUCGGAACUGCCCUCAACCAGCUGCCUGCCGCUGCAGAUUGGAUGCAGUUCCUCUGACCCAGCAAAGGAGGAGGCCAGGGGGCCAAACUACGUGAGAGAUCUGCUUGGCCUCAUUGACUUUGGCACUCUCACGCCCAAGGAGUUCUACGAGGGUGCCGGCAAGUCCAGCUUCCUCAGCCUGGCCGAGAAGUACGAGCACAUGUAUCAAAUCGCACGGAACUGCGUGGCGGCCAAGGAGGAGCUCCAGCUGAAGGUGGGAUCGCCCACGGAGCAGACUCCUCUCCUUUCCGAGUCGCGGCGCAUAGUCACCCUGGGAGGAACCUUGAUACGCGAGGAGCCGACAACCACUUCGCUAUCCUCGCACUACUCCCCCCGAUCCAGCCGACGAUUCCGCACCUGGUCAGCCAACUGCGACAUCUGACGCAGGACUUAACAUUCAUUCUUGUUUCGCUUCCAAAAUAUAUUUAGUACAAAAUUUUA